CAGGAAGCCUUCGACCUAGGUUUCGUGCUAGUUGGCACUCACUAGUCAGCAAGGCAUACCUUCGACCUUGAAAGAACUCAUUUCCUUUCUGAGAUUCGAACCCGCGUCACCUAGUGAGCACUGGAGUCAGAGACAUUACCAUUGAGCUAUUCGGGCUAGCUCGCGAUUGAUCUCCUGUAGUACUGUAGUGGAUAUUUUGAUCUACUAUCAAUGUGCACCGUGAUGGUGAGCUGUCUAGAAUGGCGGCCACAUUACAGAGCUGACUUAUAGAAUUCAGUCUUCACCAAAGAUUGAACUAGACACGUCACACUAGUUACUAGUGUCCAAUGAAAAUACCCACUAUAGUCCUACAGGAAGUCAGUCGCGAGCCCGAAUAGCUCAGUGGUAGCGUCUCUGACUGCAGCACUCACUGGAGGACGUGGGUUCGAAUCUCAGAAGGUAAUCAACUUUCACACACACAUACACGUCUAUUGCCCAACUGAUUUCUCAGGGGAUAUAAAGCUGAAUUAACACAAUUAUGCUGCUGUUGUAUUUCAGGUUGCUUUAUUGUGAGAAAGCACGUGUUAUGUGUACUAUGUGGCGGUUUUUAUCAAGGCAUAAAUUUAAAGAGGCAGCAAGAUUGUUAACGCAUGCAAUUCAUGCCUAUCCGAUGUCUCCGGCCUGGGUUUGGCGUGUUGCAUUUCAUAUAUUUCAGUGUCUUAAAGAUGAUACAGGAUUAAAGUCAUUUAACAGGAUUUUGGAUAUGUUUCUUUUAAGUGAUGAAAAUAAUCGUGUACUAGAAUAUACUCUGUAUGAGAUGAGCAAAGGAAAUCUGGGAAAUAUUCAAUUUUGCCGCGCUAACAAACAGUUUGUCCAAAAAAAUAGAUAUGCAGCCAGUUAUGCAACCUUGAUAAGAGAGCCAGAGUUAGCACAUAUUCAGCGCCUACAACGACUCUAUGAAGGUUAUAGUUUUUACGGUCUGUGGCUAAAACAAGUCCAUUCAUUGGCUUCAUCUGAUGAUACAGAUGAAAGUCGUUCACUAGUCGAUGAUUUAGCCGAGAAAGCAUAUCAUCGACUUCAAGAGGUUGAAGCGCUUGUGUCUGAAGGUCAUUUGUGCGAUACGUUUGUUCGAGCUCUUGUUGAGAUAUUAAAAUAUUUCAAUGAGCAUACACGUGCAUAUGAUUUACUAUUGGAGUAUGCUGAAAAAGUACCCGAGAAUCCAAAUACUCUGAGAUAUUUAUGUGAAUGGCAUCAACUAAGACAACAGUCGACAACAGAUAUGAUACACUCGUCCAUUGUUCUGUCACCAAAUCAUUCGCUUAGUAAUAAUACACACAAUAAUGAUUCCUCUGCUUACUGUACAGAUGAAUUCAGUGAUGGAAUCGAUACUGAUAUCGAAAAAAAAGUUCUCCGACCUGAAUCAAACAGUCCAAACAAGAAGUCGGUAAAGGGAAGCAUGAGAAGUUCUAAAAUUUGUUUAAAAUAUCGUAUAGCAUUUUGUCGACGUGUCCUGCCUGAACCAGCACCUUCGCCUCCUGAGAAUUAUGCAAGUAUGACGAAAAAAGAGGUAAAAGGUCUACUGAGAAGAAAUCAUCCUCACUUACAGACUAUAAUCACCUGUUUAAAACGAGGAAAAUAUUCAGAUGCUUUAGAUUUGUCAUUUUUAUUACUCGAUCAUCCAUCUUGGGCUGUUUACUGUGAACCUUGGCGUCUCUUACGCAAGAGUAUAUUGUGUAUUGGCAAAAGCAAUCAUCAAGUUCUACAUGCCUGGUCUAUCCGAAAAACUUAUUGGAAUCAGCUGCAUUUCUCCAUGUCAAAUUUAUCAGCUAUUGGAAAGUCUAUGAACACUAUGCUAAAUAAACUUGAUAUUGUCAAUUCGGUGAAAAGACAACCGCAUUCCGAAAAUCCUUUAGGCGUGGAAAUGACGGUUGUCACAAAUUAUAAACCAAUGGUUUCCCAAGAGAUCUCCAGUCCAAGCUCAAAUUCCUAAGAUAUACAUGUAUAUAUCAUAUCCAGAUGAAGAUUUUUUUCAAUUUAAAAGAUUAUUACUGUUAUGAUUUGACUUUUUUUUACGUAUGUUCAUGAGUUAGUUUAUUUUUUUUGUCAUAAAAUUGAGACAGAAAUUACAAGAGAUGUUCACGA